AUGGCGAAACGUAGACGCCGCUCGGGAGGCUCAAAAGCUAGUCCCAAGGCGAAUCCUAAGCGUAACAAAAAUAACACACCCAGUCCGCGUGUGGUUAUUCAAAACCAGAACCAGAAUCAAUCCACAAUUGGUGAUAUGAUGUCAGUGCACUCCGCUCGUUCGGAAAUAAGAAGCAACCGUACCGCAACCAACGUAAGCGAUGUCAACGGAUUCGGUGGCCCUCUCGAUGAACUGCCCGAAGAAGAAGAAGAAGCUAAAGUGAAACUUCCACCGCUGAUGGUGAAAUCAGUUCCGCUCGCAACGUUACAGCGAGAACUGAUUCGAAUUGGAAUUCAAGCCGAAUUCAAGCUGUGUGGUAUCGGCAUCAAGGUGAUGUUGCAUACCAAAUCCGAAUACGUGAAGGCAAAGAAUUAUCUCGAUCGUGCUGGCGCAGAGUAUUUCUCGCACGAUUUGGCAACGGAAAAGCCGUUCAAAGCAGUGGUACGUGGUUUACCGCUGAUGAGCGGUAAUGACAUCGCAUCGGAGCUGGCCGAACGAUACAAGCUCCAACCGGUUGCUGUUUUCCCGAUGACUAGGAAGGAUGUCACCAACAAAUAUCGCGAUUGCCUGUACCUUGUGCAUUUUAAAAAAGGUACAGUGACACUGAACGCUUUGAAAGCAGUUAGAUCCAUCAGCAGUAUGAUCGUGAGCUGGGAACCGUACCGUGGUACAAACCGUGACGUCACCCAGUGUAUGCGCUGUCUGAACUUCGGACACGGUACACGCAACUGCCAUCUUCAACCGAGAUGCAACAACUGCGGUCAGGUGCAUCUAACGUCCAGCUGCCCUGCAGAAGGAGACGCCGUAUUGAAAUGUAUUCAUUGCGGUGAAGGUCAUCGGUCCACCGACAAGCAGUGUCGCAAGAGGGAGGAGUACAAACAAAUACGGAAACGUGCAUCGCAGAAUCAUCAGCCUGGAAGAAAACCCAACAAGGGUCCGGUUUUCAAUAACGGCGAGUUUCCUUUGCUGGCGUCAAAUCGGAAGAACGGCGCUGGAACUUCCUCCACACAGCAACUGCCGCCGCAGCCAAAUCCUACGGUUCUCUGGUCAUCGUUGUUGGCAGGAUCCGGAAUGCCACUUGCUGGAGCGAACGGUCAACCAGCUCAGGGCAAUUUAUUAUACAAUAUGCCUGUUAACCCGUUAAAUAUUGUUUUAUGGAACGCCCGCGGAUUGUCGCGGAAACGCGUUGAGUUGUGUGAUCUCUACCUUCCUGGGUUUAACAUAGUUAGGCUGGAUCGAACCCACUCGGGCGGAGGGGGUGUCGCUCUAGCCAUCAGGAAAACUAUUAAAUAUAUCAUUCAACCGCACUAUCGCACAUCGGUGAUCGAAGCCGUCGGUAUCGAGGUGUCUUCCGAUACUGGAAAAAUUAUUAUUAUUGCCGCUUAUUGUCCGACACAGUGCUAUGACGGCAAUGGGAUGGCAAGGAAAUUUAAAAAUGAUCUUGCGAAGCUAACCAGAACCGACAAGAAGUUCAUCUUGGCUUGUGACUUAAACGCGAAACACGAGACAUGGCGAAAUAUCCGUAGGAAUAAAAAUGGGUGUCUUCUGUUCGAGGAUCUACAGCUGGGUUAUUACACUAUCCACGCUCCGUAUCAGCCGACAUAUCUUUCGCCUGCCGGCAUCUCGUCCACCUUGGAUAUAGUUCUAUCGAAUUUCGACUUGUUGAGCCAACCAGUUACAAUAAACGAUCUCAGCUCUGAUCAUUUUCCGGUUUCAUUUCAAAUCGGUGGUGAUAUUCAGCGCGGUGAACCGCAAACCAGGAAAAACUACCACGACGUCAACUGGGUGGAAUUCGCCCGGAUUGUUGAUCGACACAUCGAUGCAACCAAAGCUUUGAAUUCCACUGAAGAUAUAGAUGAAGCUUUAUCCGAGCUGAAGGCCGCUAUCUCUGUAGCUGAGAACCACUGCGUUAGACAGGUUCCGAUCCACGGAGUAUUGCUUAAAAUCGACUCGAUGACCAAAGCAAUUAUCCGUCAACGUAACAAAAACAACGACAUUCUGGUCACACCGUUUGAAAAAGCGACCGCAAUCGGCGAACACAUUUUGCGCUCUCACAACCUGGGUAAUUCCGUUGUCAGUCCCAUGGAAGACGCAGUUCGAGAAACGAUGUCCACCUUGCGUAACACCCGCUGCUACGUUCCGGAAAAUGUCAAGGUUAAACCCGAACAAGUUGCCGCAACAGUAAAAGCAUCCAAAAACAUGAAGGCGCCGGGCUUUGACUCGAUUUUUAACCUUACACUGAAGAAACUCAGCCAUCAGACCUACACCUUUAUUGCCAAUGUUUUCAACAGAUGUCUCGAUUUGAACUACUUCCCCUCUGAGUGGAAAAUCGCUAAGGUGGUACCGUUACUUAAACCAUCUAAAGAUCCAACGAAUCCCUCUAGCUAUCGUCCCAUUAGCCUUCUGUCGUCGCUAAGCAAGCUCUUCGAAAGACUCAUCUUAGAUCGUGUUCUGGUGCACAUCGAAAACAACAACAUUUUCUUGCCCGAACAGUUCGGAUUCAGAAAGGGCCAUUCCACAACUCAUCAGUUGCAAAGAGUAGUGAACAUCAUCGACCGUAACAAGCACGUCGCAAAGUCUACAGCCAUGGCUCUACUGGACGUCGAGAAGGCAUUCGACAACGUCUGGCACGAAGGUCUCAUCUACAAGAUGUAUCGCUACAACUUCCCAGUGUACCUCAUCAAGAUAGUGCAAAACUAUCUCAGUGGCAGAAGUUUCAAAGUCAGCGUGAACGGAACCCUAUCGAACGGGUUUGUAGUACCCGCCGGAGUACCUCAGGGUAGCAUUCUCGGACCAGUAUUGUACAACGUCUACACCUCGGAUUUCCCUCGACUUCCUGAUGGUUGCCAGUUCUGCUUCUUCGCGGAUGAUACAGCUAUCCUUUGCAAAGGAAGGGUCACAAAACAUCUCACCAAAAAGCUGCAAAACUGCCUUGAUUCCGUUGUCAGCUACAUGAACAGUUGGAAGAUAAAAAUUAACGCUUCCAAAACUCAGGCGAUCCUGUUUCCAUACAGUCUAUCUCAGCGACUCACUCCUCCAGCUGAUUGCAAGAUCGUGGUUGAUGGGCUUCCAAUCGACUGGUCCAAUGAGGUGGUCUAUCUGGGGCUCACUUUUGAUCAGUGGGACGCAGCCGAAACGGAAUCAACGGAAAGUUCAGAUAACACGUUAAAUUUGCACGAAAAUGCGACCUCUCAGUGCGUGGUGUGCAAGGCUAAUUGUUCUUCGGUAGCGAGUUGUAAUCGAUUCGUGGAGUUCAGCAGCGAAUCACGAUGGGCCGUGGUGAUGGAACAGAAGUUGUGCCGAAAGUUCCUCCGAAAGCACAAUGGAUCGUGCAAUAAACAAAAAACAUGCGGAAAGCACAAACCCAGCAGAAUUCCCUUUCUUCGAACGCUGCAAAGGACUCAACGUGCAACGUACACCAAAGACUCCUUUUUAGAAUUGUUCCUGUUAUCUUGUAAGGGCCCUCGAAGUUUAUUCGAACGUAUGCGUUUAUCGACGAUGGAUCCGAACUCACUCUGA